GCAGCUGUUAAGACAGCCCGAAUAGCAUUUUUGCAAGGAGAAAGAAAAGGUCAAGAGAACUUGAAGAAGGAUUUAGUAAGAAGAAUAAAGAUGUUAGAGUAUGCAUUAAAACAAGAAAGGGCAAAAUAUCACAAAUUAAAAUAUGGCACAGAACUGAACCAAGGUGAUUUGAAAAUGCCAACCUUUGAAUCAGAAGAAACCAAAGACACAGAAGCUCCCACAGCGCCUCAGAAUAGCCCGUUAACGUGGAAGCAAGGCAGACAGCUGUUAAGACAAUAUCUUCAGGAAGUAGGUUACACAGAUACAAUAUUAGAUGUACGGUCUCAGCGGGUAAGGUCAUUACUUGGACUGUCCAAUUCAGAACCAAAUGGAUCAGUAGAAACAAAGAAUUUAGAACAGAUCCUGAAUGGAGGUGAAUCUCCUAAGCAAAAAGGACAAGAAAUCAAAAGGCCUUCUGGUGAUGUUCUUGAGACAUUCAAUUUCUUAGAAAAUGCUGAUGACAGUGAUGAAGAAGAGGAAAAUGACAUGAUUGAAGGGAUCCCAGAAGGAAAAGACAAACAUCGGAUUAAUAAACACAAAAUAGGUAAUGAAGGUUUAGCUGCGGACUUAACUGAUGAUCCUGAUACUGAGGAAGCACUGAAAGAAUUUGAUUUUUUAGUGACUGCUGAAGAUGGUGAAGGAGCUGGAGAAGCACGGAGUUCAGGGGAUGGCACAGAAUGGGAUAAAGAUGACCUCUCCCCAACUACUGAGGUUUGGGAUGUAGACCAGGGACUAAUAAGUAAAGUGAAGGAACAGUACAAGAAGGAACGAAAGGGGAAGAAAGGGGUGAAAACUGAACCAAUAACGUUUCCAUCUGGAGGAGGCAAGUCAUUUAUUAUGGGUUCUGAUGAUGUUUUGUUAAGUGUACUGGGCCUUGGAGACCUUGCAGACUUGACGGUAACAAAUGAUGCAGACUAUAGUUAUGAUUUGCCUGCCAAUAAAGAUGCCUUUCGAAAGACAUGGAAUCCCAAGUAUACACUACGUAGCCAUUUUGAUGGAGUCCGGGCAUUAGCUUUUCAUCCUGUAGAACCUGUGCUAGUUACCGCUUCUGAGGAUCAUACUCUGAAACUUUGGAACUUGCAAAAAACAGUUCCUGCCAAAAAGAGUGCCUCUUUAGAUGUAGAGCCUAUCUACACAUUUAGGGCCCACAUUGGCCCUGUUCUAUCAUUAGCUAUUAGUUCUAAUGGAGAGCAGUGUUUCAGUGGUGGUAUAGAUGCAACCAUCCAGUGGUGGAAUAUGCCUAGCCCUAAUGUGGAUCCAUAUGAUACAUACGAGCCAAAUGUUCUAGCUGGCACUUUAGUGGCUCAUACAGAUGCUGUCUGGGGUCUUGCUUAUAGUGGUAUAAAAAAUCAAUUACUAUCAUGUUCAGCAGAUGGCACUGUUAGGUUAUGGAAGCCACAAGAAAAAUUGCCAUGUAUUUGCACCUACAAUGGAAACAAGGAGCAUGGAAUACCUACAUCGGUUGACUUUAUAGGCUGUGAUCCAGCUCAUAUGGUGACCUCUUUCAACACUGGUAGUACAGUAAUUUAUGAUUUAGAAACAUCACAGUCAUUGGUGAUGCUUUCAUCACAGAUAGAUUCUGAUUUACAAUCCAGUAAUCACAUUAAUAGAGUAGUAAGUCAUCCCACACUUCCUGUUACAAUAACUGCUCAUGAAGAUAGACACAUCAAAUUUUUUGACAAUAAAACGGGUAAAAUGAUCCAUUCUAUGGUAGCUCACUUGGAUGCUGUUACAAGUCUCGCAGUAGAUCCUAAUGGAAUCUAUUUGAUGUCUGGAAGCCAUGAUUGUUCUAUUAGAUUGUGGAAUUUGGACAGCAAGACAUGUGUGCAAGAAAUAACAGCACAUAGGAAGAAAUUAGAUGAAUCAAUAUAUGAUGUUGCUUUCCAUCCAUCAAAAGCAUAUAUUGCUAGUGCAGGGGCUGAUGCCCUUGCCAAAGUAUUUGUGUGAAUCAACAAAUACAUCAUAACAACAGAUUUGCUUGAACAAAAAGAGGGUCUGCAUCACUGCCAUCAAAAAUGGUUACUGAUAAGACACUACAUGUGAUCUGCCUGGUGAAGGCUAUUUAGGGCAGGCAUAAAUUGGUGGAAAUUAAAAUCUUAAUGUCAGGUUCAUUAAUUAAUUGUAAUUACUGUAUUUUGUGGGACAAAAAAAAAGGACUCCAGUAUUUGUGGCCUGUACUGGAUACAAACUGAGCAUAUAUCUGUUUUUUAGGUAUCUUUAAGCCAACGUGGAGUCUGAUCUUACAAAAGGACUUUUAUUUUGGACUCUGUGUGCUGCCUUAGGGUUAGGGAUGUGGUGCUCUUGUUGGGGGGAAGUGAGCUCCAAGAGUAGUUUUUUUUUCAUCUCUUAGUGAUCUUCUGUUUAUCAGUUGAAUGCCACAGAUUCCCUUUUAAACUUAUUUUGCUUUAAAAAAAGAAAAAAAGAAAAUUUAACUUAAAAUAUUUUAGCAUUAGUUGCACAAAAUGUUUGGAUAAAAUUCUAGUUUUUAUAAGUCUUUUUUAUAUAUUUAGCCUGUCACAACAGUGCUUAAGAUUGUAUUGAAGUUUUUCUGCAUUAUACAACCCUAAAACA